GGGAUGCUCACCCCUUCCUAAUUGCAGCUCUGAGUAUUCAGAUGGGGACACUGAAGCACAGAUCUCAGGAGUCCUAAGUAUUCAUGGCUACCACUAAGUUGGAUAGAAUGGCCUCCGCCCAGACUGCCUGGUGAUCCCUGAGCAGCUCUCUGCACUGCUCCAGCAAUCAGGAGGAUUUUUCAGGGCCCAGACAGAUUUCUCCACGGGCCCUAAGGAAAUCUCAAUCUCUGGUGAGGAAAGUGACAUGGAGGAUGAAGGAAACAAGCUCUGCCAAGCCCCACCAUGGCCAGGCCAGACCAGCCCAGUCAUGGCUGAGUACGGGACCCUCCUGCAAGACCUGACCAACAACAUCACCCUUGAAGAUCUAGAACAGCUCAAGUCGGCCUGCAAGGAAGACAUCCCCAGCGAAAAGAGUGAGGAGAUCACUACUGGCAGUGCCUGGUUUAGCUUCCUGGAGAGCCACAACAAGCUGGACAAAGACAACCUCUCCUACAUUGAGCACAUCUUUGAGAUCUCCCGCCGUCCUGACCUACUCACUAUGGUGGUUGACUACAGAACCCGUGUGCUGAAGAUCUCUGAGGAGGAUGAGCUGGACACCAAGCUAACCCGUAUCCCCAGUGCCAAGAAGUACAAAGACAUUAUCCGGCAGCCCUCUGAGGAAGAGAUCAUCAAAUUGGCUCCCCCACCGAAGAAGGCCUGAGCAAGGGGGAGGAAGAGGAGGAAGGUUGGACCUUCAUCAGACCACUCCCUUCCCCCAUCCUCCAGGGGAGGGGGCAAGGGCAACCCACCAUCUACCCACUUACUAACCUGGUCCUAACCCCCUUACUGUGCGCGUGUGUGUGCGUGUGCGCACGCUCUGGCUGUUUGUCUAUAUGUCUAGCUCAUCUAGUUCCUCUUCCUAAGGGGAUGGGGGUCAGGGGCUAGAGGAGGGGGCUGAGUUUCUCCACUGUAGGAGGAGGUGGGGGCUAUUUCUAUGCAAAUAGAAAUCAGCACAUUCCUCCUACUUCCCUUUCCUCCACUCUCCCCCCAUAUCUUUAAAGUGUGGAAGCAGAAAGGACCUGCAUUUUCCUACAUUGAGGAGCUGACAAUAGGGGUAAAGUAUGGGAGAGGUAGGUGGAUCCAGGGAAAAGCAGUGGGGAGGGAAGGCAAAGAGACCACUCAACCCCCACCUGGAAGGGGCAAAGAAAAGCCAGAGUUCCAUGUUUGUACUCCUGUGCUGGACUAGCUGUUUCCUGAGUACCAGCAGGUCCCUUUUUGCCUCUCUUGGGCCUAGCAUAGGUAUGAGCCAGGGAUCCUUUCCUGGUCCCUAAGAUCAAACCCCAUGGAGCAGCCAGCAUUAGAUGCCCCCACCCACCUGUACUCCGGAGAGACUGCUGGGAACAUGUACCACUGAGCCUGAGAUGGGGAUGAGGGCAGAGAGAGGGGAGCCCCCUCUUCCACUCAGUUGUUCCUACUCAGACUGUUGCACUCUAAACCUAGGGAGGUUGAAGAAUGAGACCCUUAGGUUUUAACACGAAUCCUGAUCCCACCAUCUAUAGGGUCCCAACUUGGUUAUUGUAGGCAACCUUCCCUCUCUCCUUGGUGAAGAACAUCCCAAGCCAGAAAGAAGAGAAGUUAACUACAGUGUUUUCCUUUGCACCGAUCCCCAGCCCAAUUCAAUUCAGGAAGGGACUUAGGAAACCCUUCUUUACUAGAUAUCCUAGCCCCCUGGGCUUGUGAACACCUCCUAGCCACAUCACUACAGUACAGUGAGUGACCCCAGCCUCCUGCCUACCCCAAGAUGCCCCUUCCCCACCCUGACCGUGCUAACUGUGUGUACAUAUAUAUUCUACAUAUAUGUAUAUUAAAACUGCACUGCCAUGUCUGCCCUUUUUUGUGGUGUCUAGCAUUAACUUAUUGUCUAGGCCAGAGCGGGGGUGGGAGGGGAAUGCCACAGUGAAGGGAGUGGCAGAAUCAAAUUGCUACAUAGUCCAAACAAAAAAGAAAGCUUUUUCAAAAAACAUUAAAUUCACAUGCAAUCUCAGAGACUAUUUAGAGAAAGUUCAAGUUAGGAGCUUUUAGGAUGUGGGAGUAAAACUUUAAUGGGAGGGGAGGGCUGGCUGCUGGAAGAAGGAAGAAGCCAGACUGGUUAGACAGUACUCUUAACUCCUAGCCCAGCCUAGCGUGCCCUGCCCCUCUGGCCACUGCUGCAGACACCUGCCUUAACACACGCACCUCUAGGACUCCACAGUUUUGCCUUAAAGGACCUUCCCAAGUCUCCCUUUCCCUGUCUGGCUUCUCCCUUAAGAGAGAUACUUGUAGAAUUGGGUCGGGGGAAUGAGCAUGAACUGUCCUUCCAUUUGGGAUAUGUUACAUUAGAGUGAGAGAGAGAAUAAGGAGCCUUUCUUAUGGAAGGAAUGGGAGAAGAGAGACAGGGUUCUUUUCAGCAGAGUCUAGUAGUUUCUCUGUAAGGCAAAAUAAUCUAAAAAGACUAAUCUGCCCACCCACUCCUUAUAUUGCUGUGAGAUUGCCCCUAUCUUGUGCUCUUCUGUCUGCAGUGUGCACGGCCUUGUUCUAACCCGGAAUAAAGGUGAUUGAUUGUAUUGCAA